AUGGACUACACAAAAAGUCAGUCGAACUACAACAAUUUCGCAUAUGAUCUCUUGGAGACGUCAGUAUCUCCAAUCGGUGAUUACCUAUCCUCUCCAUUGAGUGCAUUCCUAUUGCUUACAACACUUUUUGGUUCUGGAGGAGUUAAAGGUAAUACACAAGUACAGAUUGGUGAUGUAUUGGGAAUUGAUAAUGUUAAAGGAAAACAGAAAAUUGCUACACAAUUGUUUACAUCAUUAUAUCAUAAUUUAACUGAAGAAAAUGUGAAUGAGAUAAAUAUGAUUAAAAUAGGAAAUGCAGUAUUCCUUAAAGAUGGCGCUAAAAUUAAAUCAACCUUUUCAACUAAAUUAAUAAAACAAUUCGACAGUAACGUUUUCAAUGUGGAUUUUACUUUGCAAGAAGAUGCUAAACGGACUAUCAACGGAUGGGUCAGUAACAAAACAAACAAACUGAUCCCAGAAUUUUUAAAACAGUCAUUAUCCAAACAGACCAUUCUCGCUUUGGUCAAUACGUUGUACUUCAAAGGCAGAUGGAAAAAACCGUUUUCUAAGCGUUCCACUGCUGAUCGAGAUUUCAAGCCUGCAAAUCAACCAGUCAUCAAAGUACCAAUGAUGUACAUCACCGAGACGAUGGAUUAUGGGAAAUUUCCACAUUUCAGAGUUCAUAUGAUUAGUAAACAAUUCUCGAACCCACGAUUCACGUUUGUUGUCAUCUUACCAAUUGAAACAGGGAAUAUUGAAUUUGCUGAAGAAGUUCUACGCGGCUACGUUCAACUACCAAUCCUAAUGAAGCAACUUCAACCGACAGAAAUCUCUUUGGAUUACCAAGAUUCAAAUUAG